GAAAUGUAUAACGACAGCCCAGCCAGUGUUGGUGGAAUCGGGAUGCCCGUCUGUACGACACCCUCGCUUGAAUGCCGCUUGCUGUUAUGGAUGACUUGCGUUGGAAAUAGGUUGCAAAUGUAAAUAUUUUGAUGAAGAAAUGGAAGUAAAUGUUCCUUCUGGCAGCGUGUGUUGUUUCUGUCUCACAACUUACGAAGAUGAAGCGCUCUACGGAAAGUUUUACAAGAUCGAAGAAAUCACAACCCACUACUUCUGUUUGCUGUUGUCAUCCAAAGUUCAGCAACGAGGUUCAGAUAAUGAAGGGAUUUUGGGGUUUCUUCCCAUGGAUAUCAGGAACGAGGUUAAAAGAGGGAAAAAAUUGACUUGUUUUUAUUGUGGAAAGCGUGGUGCUACUUUAAGUUGUCAUUAUUCGAAAUGCAGAAGUCACUUCCAUUUACCAUGCGGACGAUCUAGAAAUACGUUCCAUGAAUUUUUCGGAGAGUUCAAGUCAUUCUGUUGCAGACAUCGCAAAACACAAAGAAUCAAAGGAGAUGUAUUGAAAGCUAUGUCUGGCAAACAGUCAACUUGCUCUAUUUGCCUGGAAUCUGUGCCAGCUACACCUAGUCCUAGCACACUUUGGGCCCCUUGCUGUAGUAAAGAUGCGUGGUUUCAUCGCAUAUGCAUUCAGAGACUUGCUCUAAGUGCUGGAUAUUUCUUCAAGUGUCCUUUGUGCAACAAUACUACAAGGUUUAUUGAGUCAAUGCGAACUCAUGGCAUUUGGAUACCAGAACAGGAUGCUGCAUGGGAGCGUGAUCCUGAAAGAUAUGAAGGCCUUCUCCAAAGACACAACUCGUGUGAUGCCAAAAGCUGUCGUUGUAGGCAUGGUCGAACGCAUCAUGUGGCAGAUACGAAAUGGGAAAUCAAAUUAUGUGCACACUGUGGAUCUCAAGGAAUGCAUGUGCAGUGCGGCAACUUAAGACUUUCUCAAGACUGGAUUUGUUCUGUGUGUUCAAAUGUUUCUGACACAAGAGAAGUGCAAAAGACUGGAAAAGUUUCACAUUCUCGAGAAGCCCACUUGGCGCGAAAUAGGGAUAGAAGAAGUCUGCCACUCAGGCCUCCACAACGUGUAACACGACAACGCCGACCUCCAGAAGAGGAGAUUGAAGAAAGAGAAGAGGAAAGGAGCAAAGAACCCCUUAGUGUCCAUUCCAAAAGUGAAAUAUCUUUCUCAAAAACUGACAAAGGGGCUUCCUCUACACCACAGAAAGAUGACUCAUCUCGGGUCAUCUCUCAGUCUACAGAAGUGAGUCCAGCAGGCAGACAACCAUCGCCUGAGGAAGAGAAUAGUGACGUGGAGAUUUUAGAAAACUCUGAUGAUGAAAUUCAGAUCCUGUCUACGCCAAAUAUACGGAUCAUUAAAACAAAUUCAGGGAUUAGUGUUCCUGUGAUGAAGGUACAUGCCUCCCAGCCUUCAGGUGAAGAUGUGGUUGCGGCAGGGGAACCGUGUCAGGCCAAAUCAGGCCCAAAUGAGUGUGCUUCCAUGGGCACUGAGGAUGAUUUUGACUUACUAAGUGUUCCAUCUACUUCCCGCAUUCAAAAUCCAUCUUUACAAACUGUAGACGAAAUAAUUGUGGGUGAUGAACCUCUGCCGUCCUCACAAUCGGAGGAUGACGAUGAUAUUAUAGUGGAAUAUGAAAAAACAAAUCCAGUUUCUGUCGUAUGCCAAACCCUUGACUUGCCCUCUUGCAAUAAAUCUUCCAGUGAGAAUUAUACUACUGCUGAAGCAUCAUUACAAACUAACAUGCCUACCAAAGAUACUGCUCAGUUGAAAGCAUUCCUUCAGCUCAGUCAGAAUUGUUAGAUCAUAAUGGUCCUCCUACUGCUUGUGAAACAGAUAUAAGUGUAUUGACUGUCUGUCCAACUACACGUGAGCAAUCAUCACAAACGCAUGUACCGAGACAUGAAGAGUUUGUAGAGACUACAGAACUUACUAACAUGUUUUAUGAUCUGUCAAGAGCCGUUCAUAGUGCAUCAAUGGUACAACAGCAGCAGCAACAAGCAACAGUAUCUUCACUACAGCCAGAAAUGUUCAUGCCUACUGCAAAUGUAUUCCAGUCAGUGUCACCUUUGGCUCCUAAUAAGACGAUAUCCACAACUACUAGCACUGAUUCUGCUGCUCCUGGAUUAUCUGUGUCAAUGCAAGUGGACCCAGCGACUGACAUGACUGCAUGGCGUUCUAAAAUAUUGAAUCUUGUUAGAGGAUUCCCCAUUGACACUCAGUUUACCACCUCUUCUAAAACAGCACCCAAUGUCAGUGGCAUAUCUGAUGAACUGCCUACACAAGUUCCACUUGUUUCUGAAGGGAUCUCAAUGCAGUCAUCAGACAUUCUUCCUCCCAAUUCCUUUUCCUCACUUGCCUCCUGUAAUUCUAGGCCACAGGGAACUGAUUGUUCCAGUCAGCCACAAAUUUCAAUGGGUCAAGCAGAAUCAUCCAGAAUGACUUCAAGACAAGUCCUAAUCUCACUCCCAGAUCAGCCUCCACAAGAUGAUUGGUCGGUGGAGUUUGGCCAGGUUGAUGCAAAUUUUAUUAAGGACCAACAGUCUCUUGCUGAGGAGCAACCAGAUGUUGUUUUUGAACGGCACCCAGGUUCAGUUCCAAGAGGGCAUAUACCUUGGGAGAAUCAUGAAGAAUCUUCAUCAGGCUCAGAUGAAAUUAUAGUAGUAGAUAAUGAUCAAGAUGAUGUGGGAUCAAAUGGGGGGAAAAUUAAAGAUAAGAGAAAACGGAAGCAAAAACUAGUGGAGCGAUGUGACUACAAUCAGGUUAGAUUAUUUCCCCCUGCUCUGAUGCAUUUGGACCCACUGACCUGCCUCCAAGGGUCAUCAGGUAGGCUUGGGAGGAAGAAUUCAACAGGUGCCUGCCCACUCGUGUGUAGUGGGUCCUUGCUUCACCCUCAUGGAUAGAAAACCAUUUCCCAACAUCAUAGUUGAUAGGGGAUCCGCAAAGAAUGGACCACUUCUCUGCAACUGCAAAUGGUCCCGGAGAAAACAGCCCCCAUCCCCAGUCAUCUGCAGUUACUGCUGUGACUGGGCCCGGGAAUAUAUACAUAUGGGUAAAUCCUCUUCUGCCAGCUCCAUUAAGACCCCUCAAAACCUCCUCUCAAGAUUUUUGCAAUCCUUGACUGGAAUGCCUGGACCAUCUCUGGGCAAAGGAGAACCACUCUGUCAGUUGUGGGUGAUACAUUAUCAUUCACAGAAAAGCAGCCGAGCAUCUGAGUCAAGAAACUCAAACAUUGCAUCACGAUCGAGAAGUUUAAAUCGAGCUUCUCGAUCAAGAAGUCCUAAUCGAGCAUUGCAGUCAAGAAGUGUGAAUCGAGCAACUCGAUCAAAAAGUCCAAAUUGUACAUCUCAGUCUAGUUCAAAUCAAGUUUCAGGCACCUCUGUGACUAAAGUGCUUUCAACAUUGUUUGAGAAACCGAGAACACGCUCGCAGAGUAGAUCCUCAGGUUGUCAUAAACCUGUUUCAGAUUAUUCCAAAUCUCCUCAGAUCUCAUCACAGGUCAGGCUUACAACAUGUGGAGUUUCUUCUGAUAAGCAAUCAUCUGAUAGUGAAAGCAGAUUACAUUAUUAUGAAUUAAAGACUCGGAGGCAUACAUAUCGAAAUCAAAAAGAUUCUAAGGAAAAGCGUAAAAGAUCUACCUCUCCUGGAACUUCGAAUAAUAAGAGACGGGAAAAAUCUUUUCAGACGAAUAUACCUUUACAGGUCAGUCCUUCAAGAAAAUCUCCAAGAAAAAAAACUCUUUCCCAAUCAGCAGAUUCAGCUACUGACAACAAGAGUAAAUUACUUGCACAAAAUACCCAAAACUUUUCAUCUUUGGCUUUGGCAAAAUUAGCAUCUUUUCAACCUGUUGUCUUGUUGAAAAGGUACAAUGUACGCAGAAGAGAACGCAGUGUUGAACGAGAUAAUCAUCGGAGGACGUGUCAAAAGGGUCGUAGUAGAAGGGAUCAAUUCACAUUGCAAAAACAACUGCAGCUAGAAGCAAAUGACAAUGCACAUAAGUUGUGGGAACAUGACAAUGCAGCUUGUCAAACAAGAAAUGAUGAACGAAAACGAACAAGAAGUGUCAGUCGAAAUUUCAAGAAUUUUCGAGAAAGGUCUCCUGUUCGUACAAGGAGCCGAAGUCGUUCGUUGGGAGAAGAUAUACAAAGAUCUUUGCACAGUCAUGAAAAUGUGAAUGGUGGAAACUCUAAAAAAAAGAGAACUGUUAAAGAAGUGAUUGUAAUUCCUGAAGGAAGACCAUUUGCAUCAACUUUCGAAACGGUAUCUUCUAGUGAUGAAACAGACGUUGAAAUAGAGGUAGGAGAAGAUGCACUUGACGAAACAAUAGCAUCCAUUUCAGAAUAUUGCAAAAUCGAUAGUGAGGGUAGUGAUGAGAUUGAGGAUGUGGUGGAAGUAGGAGAAGAUUCCCUAAAUGAUACUAUAGCUUCAAUAUCAGGUUUAGGUUCAAUCACUUAUGACGAAGAUUGUUCUUCUUAUGUAAUUGCACCUAGUUCAUCAUGUAGUGGAAAUUUUAGUAAUAUAUCAUCAAACUGUGAAGAUAAUUGUUCUGUUAUUUCUAUUUCAAGUUCAGUCAAGAGUUCAUCCAGUUCAUCAUCUUCAAGUCUUGUGAGUAAUUCUUCUCCACUUUAUUCUUCCCAGUCUUCUUGCAUUUCUCCUCAACCCCCACCUACUCCUUGUCCUCAAUGCUCUCCAAUCUCUUCCCCUCCAUCCUGUUUAUCUUCAUCUUGUGUUUCUCCACUUUCCAUGAUUGCAUCUCCUGCAAUUUUUUCUUCACCAGCUAUUGGAUCACAGGAUACAUCUGGUUCUGUAAUUAAGCCAACUGAAUACAAACAUCAGCUUCCUAUACAUAUUUCCAACAUUUCUUCACAACUAGUCAGAUCCCCAUUGCCUGGUUCAGUUGUUGCAGAGUCUACUGAGCCACCCUCACCAGCAACAAGUAUUCCACUACGGCGAAGCAGUCGGCGAUUUUGUUCACCUCAUGACUCUAUUCUUCCUAGCACCUCUCGUGCAUCAAGAAGAAUGCAUUCAGACAUGUGUAGUGAAAUACCCAUAAGAGGAUCGUCUCCACCACCUAUAUUUCCAAACCGUAGUGGCAGCCUCACAGAAUUGGAGUGCCGAAUCAAAGCUCGAGCUUUGACAGCAAGAAAAUUUGUUCCCUUUUCUCCUGCUGCCAGACAGCAACGUGCAAUGAUGCGUCAACUUCAGGGUAGGCGCUGAUGCACAAGUCAACAUUUGUAAAUAGAUAUUAUUAAUAAGGAAUUUUGUUAUGGAAGUGUGUUUUAUCAUUGUUGUGAGUGUAUGUAGUAUAUAAUCGUUAUUGUAUUUUUCCAUGUGUAAGACCCUAAAUGAAAAUGACAGAAUAGAAACUACAAAUUAAGUUUUGUUAUUCUUUAUUGAAAAACUUUGAAAUAAAAGAUUUUGCAAUGAAUAUAAUUGGAAACUU